AUGGCAAACAGUCCUAAUACCACAAGCCCCGAGGCCGUCAGGCGCGCGUUGGAGUCGGCAAGAAAUAGCGACGACGGCCAGGUCGACCCAAGAGCAAAUGCUGUCCUUGAAGCCGCUAUCAAUGAGAUCUGGAGACGGAUACAGACCCAGCCAGAGACAUAUGUCCUGAGCCGAGAUGAAUUCUCUCUAUUCAACUAUUUCCGCGACCGAUUCAGGAACUCUCCCGUCGCUCAGCGAGCCGUCGAGCGGUUCUGGAACAACUUCAGAGGCAACCCAUCCGACAUUGAUGGUUAUCUACAUCAUCGCCGCGCGUGA